ACUUAUGGAGAAAACAAAAGCGAGCAGAGAAAGCGCGCGCGCACAGAUUAUUCCGUCGGUUUCUCCAUGUUUGUCAGAAGAGUAAAAUCGUAGUUUAACACACACUAUCGCGCAUUUACCGUGAAGCGUUGGGAGGAUUGUUCUUUUUGGUUAGUGGCUCUCACGCUGUUGUUUUUCUUUCAUUUCAAAACGCGGAAGUGGAUUGACAGGGAGCUAGAAUCCACAGGUCUCCAUGUCUCUGUGAAGAAGUCCGGAUUCGCCAUGAAAACACCAUUCAUUCGGAGUAUCUGAGAAACUGGGGGCGGAUAUAACUGAAAAUCACACUGGACUCUGAUUGAUACAUAGCCUAUUCUUGCGGAAGGCCCUAUCCUAGACACCGCCCUCUCGCUCGAUCUCCGAGUAUGAGAACUCUCACGGCGGCUCUGGUGCCUUCUGUCUCACUCCUAAUACUAUCAGUGCGGCUGAGUGUGUCGGUGUGUGUGGAUGGUGACUCGGACACAGAGGCCGUGCUGGGGAAUCCCAUGAAGCUCACCUGUAUCUCGUGCAUGAAGAGGGAGGACAUCAAAGCAGAAACGCGUGUCUUCUGGUCCUACAUCCAGGAUGGAGAGGAGAUCUCUAUCUUUGAGUAUGACAACGGCCCCAGAGAGCUGGAGAGCCCCCUGAAGGGUCGCCUCCAGUGGAGGGGCAGUAAGGACCUACAGGACCUCUCCCUCGGCAUCACCAACAUCACGCGCAAUGACUCAGGCACCUACCAGUGUGUGGUCUUCCGCCUUUUUGAGUUUGACUCCUUUACCCCCUCUGUCACAAUCACCAGAAUCAUCAAGCUAGAAGUCAAAGACAAAGCCAGUUUAGACCCGACGGCGCUGUACUCAGAGAUCAUGAUGUAUGUUCUACUGGUGUUCCUCACUCUCUGGCUGCUGGUGGAGAUGGUCUACUGCUACAGGAAGAUCUCCAAGUCAGAUGAGAUGGCGCAGGACGCCGUGACAGACUACCUUGCCGUCCCCUCUGAUAAAGACCCGUCGGGCCCAGCAGCGUCCGAGUAGAGCUGCUGGUCUCAUAUAAACACCCCCCACCGCAGCGCUACAGAACCACGGUACUCCUGAGACCAGCGGAGGGAGACAGAGGAGGAAAAGCCGCAGCCUCGCCACCCUCUCCACCGCCGCACCAGGACGAUCUCUGGCUCACUCUCCUCUCUCUCAGUGUCCCCGGGAACGCCCCGCCUUUUUCAUCUCUCUCUUGUCCGCUCUGUUUGUCUCUGUGUCCCUCAGAGCUGGCUCAUUGUGACCUGACAAUAAUCUGAGUGCGUUUGUGUAAUAAUCUUGGUGCAUUUGUGUUUGCUAUUCGCUACCGCGGAUCACCAGACAUUUUGUGUUCAGAUUAACACCUUUUCUCCUAAUGGGAAAAAACACUUUUGAUAAAAAAAAAAAAAACAAUCUGAAUGCUUAAGUUUAAAGCUCCUGUAUAAUUGUUUGUUUUCUUAACGUUUUUAUAUAUCAAAAGCUUCAUUUCGUAAGCCUUUUGCAAUUUUAUUACUGUCUGUAGAGUAUUAAUAUCAAAUGUGUGUAUGUAAGCCUUGUGGAGAGCAAGUGUGUUACUAUAUUGCAUUUAAACAUUACCUGCUGAAUUUAAACAUGUGUGUGACAAUCUAUUCUUUGAAGGGUUUGCAGAAAGAUGUCAGGGAUUGAAGAGCUAAUCCUUCACAGGUUCAGUGUGUCCUCUUAGCUCCCAUGGUGACCGUCACCUGUCAUGGCCUCCUCAUCCAUCCUGUUCACACACACCCUCUUGGUCCAACACAAACACACACACACACACACACACACACACACACACACACACACACACACACACACACAACCUGAGAUCAGACAAAGCUAUCUGCCCCAACACAAACCUUACAGGAUUAAUCAGCCUAACAUACAUGUUGAUAAUGUUUUUGUACACAUUUGAUUUUAAUUUAAGCCUUUCUUAAGAUGCAUGUAAUUCUCUGUAUCUGUUCUGAAUUAUUAUAUAUAAUUUCUAGUUUUUAAUCUUCCUUUUAAUGGUGAAUUUAAAGCAUGCAGAAGAUGAUACAAUCUGUAAUUUACAUGAUACAAUCUGUAAUUUUACAACAUAAUAACGCGUGUGAUUGGAGUGAUUUAUGGCAAAAAAAUAUGUGCCUAUUUAUAUCAACAACUGACUGCAUUAAAUGGGACAUUUUUGACCAGAGACUAAACAAUUUAACUAUUAAAUGUUAAAUUAUACAGAAAGAUUUAUUUGACCUAUAUUCAAUUCGAUAGGGUGAAAGAUGUAAUUUCUGAUGUAAUUUCUUUAGUUUCAAAACAGUCAUUUUUGGGCAGAACACAACAUGAGGUUGUAACAACAUGGCAUUUACCGUCUGGCUGAGCUGAUGUUCGGACCUAUCCCAACUCCCGAGUGGCACCUACUUUCAUUGGUAUUCUAGAAUCAACUGACUUACAAAACAGGGCACCGUCUGAUCUGUGCUUCUUACGGAAAAUGCUUCCAAGUUCUUCACGUCAGACCCUACACCUGCUGCCUCACCUCAGACAGUACAUCCGUUAUGACGUCAGCCUGCAUCAUCAUCAUCAGAGUCAUUAGCUGUGCAAAUCACUGCUUGACCUUCUUUGGAGAUCAGAGUCAAUGACAAGUGUUUUCAUGUUUUCUUUCUGAAGUCAUCAAGAGCCUACUGUAUGUACUCUCAAAGAUCAAGGUGAAUAUAUGGUACAGCUGUAUAAUAAAAGACUGAACACAA